ACUGAUAUAGCUAGCCCUCUCUCCCAGUGACCCAGACGCUGCUGAUGCACCUGCGCUGCACUUGCCUCUGCGAGCAAGUACUGACUGCCCCCCAGUUCCUGGCUCUGCCGCUCCCACUCUGGCCGGCCGGCCGGCUGUGGCCACCGGCCGCCUCGCUCGUCCUCGGUGGCGGUGUCGUUGGCUCGUUGCCGCUGCUGUGCUGUGGCGCUGUCUCCCGGCGCGGAGCGCCGUGGUGGUCUCUGCUUGAGCUUGUUCUCCUCCCCUUCCUCCCAGCAGCUAAGCUAGCGGGAUCGUCCAUAGCUACCAGUCAUCAAGAUAAGCUUCCUGUGUGUGCUGCGCCCGCGCUAGCUCCCUGCCCGAUCUGCGGCGUUUGCCCUGUUCCCGUGCUUGAUUUGUUCGCUUCUGGGCGCGGUGGUGCCCCCCGGGGCAAUAACUCCCCCUUGGUGGCUGCCACCCUCCCCGCGGCAGAGCGGCCUAUAGGAUGAGAGGGACGGGGGGACACAACAAACCGGCCGCGCCAGUGUCCUGGCCGUGAACAGAGCGCUCCUCCAGCUCGGGCACGGGCACGGGCGGGCGGUGGCUUCCUCUGCAGUGGCCCGGGAGGAGGCGGUGACGGCGGAGCUUGCGCUGCUUGGUUGCCCCCCGCUGCUCGGCGAAGCUCCGUUCAUGGAUUGGGAUCUCAAGAUGCCGGUGUCCUGGGACCUGGCCGACCUGGAGCACGACGCCGUGCCGGCCAUCGCCACCGCCGCGGCAGCGCCUCGUGCCGCAGCGUCGUCGGGCAUUGCCGCCGCCGCGGCGGCGUCGGCGCGCGGGGCGCCGAGCCGGGCGGAGUGCUCCGUCGACCUCAAGCUCGGUGGGCUGGGCGAGUUCGGCGCCGCGGACCGGAUGAAGGAGCCGGUGUCGGCCGGGGCGGCUGCGGCCGCGGUGCCGUCCGCGAGCCCGAUGAAGCGCCCGCGCUCGGGCGCCAGCGGCGGCGGCGGGGCGCAGUGCCCGUCGUGCGCGGUGGACGGCUGCAAGGCCGACCUCAGCAAGUGCCGCGACUACCACCGCCGGCACAAGGUCUGCGAGGCGCACUCCAAGACGCCCGUCGUCGUCGUCGCCGGCCGCGAGAUGCGCUUCUGCCAACAGUGCAGCAGGUUUCACUUACUGGUGGAGUUUGAUGACGCGAAGCGCAGCUGUAGAAAGAGACUUGAUGGGCACAACCGGCGUCGCAGGAAGCCACAGACAGAUACUAUGAACUCUGGAACCUUUAUGACAAGUCAGCAAGGCUUGUUUUCGAGUGCAGGGACAAGGUUCUCGUCGUUCCCGGCUCCAAGGCCGGAGCCGAGCUGGUCUGGGGUCAUCAAAUCCGAGGACAGUUCAUACUACACGCAUCACCAGGUCCUCAGCACGCGGCCGCACUUCGCCGGCUCGACGCCGGCCUACUCCAACUCCAAGGAAGGGCGGCGCUUCCCGUUCCUCCAGGACGGCGACCAGGUCAGCUUCAGCGCGGGCGCGGCGGCGGCGCUGGAGGUCUCCGCGGUGUGCCAGCCCCUCCUCAAGACGGUGGCCCCGCCGCCCGAGAGCAGCAGCAGCAACAAGAUCUUCUCCGACGGGCUCACCCCCGUGCUCGACUCGGAUUGUGCUCUCUCUCUUCUGUCAUCCCCCGCCAACUCCUCCAGCGUCGACGUCAGCCGCAUGGUCCAGCCGACGGAGCACAUCCCCAUGGCGCAGCCCCUCGUCCCCAGCCUGCACCCGCAGCAGCAGCAGCAGCAUCAGUUCGGCAGCCCCCCCGGCUGGUUCGCCUGCUCGCAGGCCGGCUCCAGCGGCGUGGCCUCCGCCGCCGGCGCCGGCGGGUUCGCCUGCCCGCCCAGCGUGGAGAGCGAGCAGCUGAACACCGUCCUGGUCCCCGGCUCCGACGGCCACGAGAUGAACUACCACGGCAUCUUCCACGUCGGAGGCGAGGGCUCCUCUGAUGGCACGUCCCCGUCGCUCCCGUUCUCGUGGCAGUAGUAGCGCCCUCUCGGUCUCGGCGACCACUAGUGUCCUCGCCCCAGUUCCUUGCUUUGUGUAGUUGUGUUGCGCUUGCGCGUAGCUGGCUGCAUGCUCAGCUGUAGUGAUCACCAGUUCCCUGUUCUUUCUGUGUCCAUUAAUCUCAGCCCCCUCCGGUUUCUCUCCACCCAUUUGUUCGUUCCGUCGUUUUGCCUUUCCUGAUUCAUCAUCGGCCUGGAAAGAACUCGCAUGAAGUUAGUGCUAAAUUGAUCUCCUGGAAUCGUUUCGA